GCUUUACCCUUUUGCUAAUGAAGCUGGUGAAUAGCUUCUUAGGCAAUAGCCGUUAGAACGAAUGCCUGGGGCCUUUGAUUACAACAUCAAUGCUCCGCCGCCUCGGACUUGGUCACGGCCCCUGAGUAGCGGUACUCGCAGUACCCGAAAUCAUGGCUCCCGCGGCCCCUACCAGUUCGACGACAGCCGCGUCAUCUCUUCACCAUGCUAUCCGCCAACAGAGCUUUAUACCCCGCCGACUUUUCCGUAUACCAGGUGAUCAGCGCGCGCUGCUAGAUCGCCCAGACUCGUGGUUCAACCCCUCCGUCAAUACCACCAAGCCGUAUUUCAACGUCCCCCCGGCCGUCUUGGACGACUUGAAGGCUAGGAUUUUGCCUCCGCCUGCUCAGAAGCCCCUCUCGUCAAGCGCCUCCACCGAAGCGACCUCGUCCAAGAAGCGCAAGGCCAUCGACGACGGCCACGACGAAGGGCAGAAUCGUGCCUCUUCACCAGUUUCGUCGUCCGAGUCAUCGGAAGGAAUACCGAUAUCAUCAUGGCCCCCCUCACCACCAAGGCCUAUUCCACCGCCAGCAGAUAUCCAGAAACCAGUUGACGACAGCGAAGAUUCGGAAACCGCUUUGAGCCAAGCCCUCCCCACUUCGUCACCACCGCAACGAACCGACACAAAUGCUCGGAAGCCAAUCUCACAAGUUGUCAUGGGCGAGAACCGUAUCUCAAACUGGCAAUCAGAUGUCAUUCUGUCACAGUCGCCACUGCCCGAGCCGAAAGAUGCGCUGCGAAAUCUUCAACCGUCAUCGACCCCUGAUAAGUUGGGCACCUUUGCUUCCGUUGCUCAGACGCAAUCCCAAGCCGCCCAUGUUCCCCUGCCCUCGCCACUCGUGCAGCGGACUCUAGCCACCCUGAUUCCACCCAGCAGUUCUGUCCCCGACGAACUCGAGGCCGAAAUUCCUGACGCCUUGUUCCGCGCGACACCACCCAUCAACAAGACUUCAGUGUCCAUCGCAGGCAAGGUAACCUUCGCGAACACCCCCCCUUGUGGCCAGGGAAGCAUGGUUCCUUCCACGUACACCGUUGCGCAAAGCCCGCCUAAGCAAGACCCGUCUCGGAGGCGCCGUCCUAUGAAGAGGAUCAAGUUCGAUGAUAGCCCUGGCUGUGUCGUGUCCAACACGGUCAAACGGACGCCAAAUCCAGGCCAAGGAAUUCCCGCCGAGUCUCGGACACCUGCAAAUCCCACCAUGUCGACAUCCUCCUCGCCGAUAUCCGCCACAUUUCCGCCUCCCAGGACAACAGUCAAACCAGUCCCCUCUGACAAGCCAGAGGCUGCGAAAUCCGUUCUUGAACCGUGCGAGAAGAUUUUGCCGGCGCAGCAGUCCAAAAACGACGAAUGUAACGCACCGGCUCGCUCUGAUCUUCCUGGGUCCGUGAAUUCUCCAACAGUGGCGCAACGUAUCACGGAAACGGACACAAUCACGGAAAGGGAUCCAACACGGCUGGAGCCUAACCUGGACGAGUCCUUCUGGAGAGAGCCGCUCGAAGCGUUUCGGUCUGCCUACGACUCUUUUAGGGGAAGUCUCGGAGACUUUGUCAGGGCAUGCUUGUCCAUCAAAAGCCUUCGGCGGGAGCGAAAACUCCCGGUUUUCCUUUAUGAUGACUUCAUCAGGAUAUUUUGCGACGACUACAUCCGCUACAUCGAACAGACCGAUGACGAUCCUCCCCUGUACGCCAUGGAAUGCCGUGUCUUUGAAGUCCAUGCCAAGGAGUACCACGAGGCCAGGAAGGCUCUAGGCUUUUCUCGCUCUCCGACUGUGGAUAAGUCAUUUAGCUUACCCAGGGAGGAGGCUCCCAAGACUGCGAAGGGGCUGGCACUCCCGUCUGAAUCGGCCGCGACAAAGGCAUCGAAGCCACCGGCUGGACCGGACACAUCACGUCCUGCGUCACGGCCCCAGGGAUCUGCCGAACCACUCCGAGAGCGCCCAUUGCCACUCCAUGCGGAGGAGCAGUUGGCCGUCCAGGACGUCCAGGAUACGCAUGUGCCAAGGACGGCGGGAGAUGCCGCACCCGUCAUCAACCUGGUAGAUUCCAACAGGGACAGCUCUGAAGCUGCUGUGGAGAUGGAAGAUGCCCGGCAACAGCGUGAUUCGACGACUGUAGCCAACGAAGAUGGGGAUCAAAGUACCGAUCGAGCGGCGCCCAUCGCCGAGAAGCCGGAAAAUACUUCCAAUGAACAACAGCCACCACCUGACCCAGACAGCCGCCGACUGACAACUCAACACGACGGCCAUCAACCCAGAACCCGACAGUCCAUGCCUCCCCCCCCUCCCGGCCAUCACACCCCCAUCAAGGCGAAAUCGAGAGUGCUACCUCCGUCCUUCGCGCUGACAACUCCCGAGGGCGCGUCGCGGGCGACCCGACGCACCACCCUGCCCCCCCGCGGAGCUGUUCCGACGGGUGGACCCAGCCCAGCGUCGAGCGCUUAUUCCACCUUGACAGUGGAGGCAGGCGGCGUCCGGAAGAACAAAAAGAAAGAAAGCCGCCAGGAGAGGUUUCGGCGGCACUUGCAGAAGCUCAAAGAAGAGGGUCGCCUGCCGGGACAGGCGUCUUCUACUGCUCCUCCCAGACAGUAGUAACCUUGCUUUGAUAUUUCGAUAUACUGUGGGGUUGGAGGAUUUCUCGGCCCCUUGUCUCCCAUAAGCAGCGACAUGGGGUGGCGUUAUAGUGAUCUUACUUGUGGUCGGCGUCAUAUUGAUAAAAAAAAGAAGUAUUUGAUACCCUUACAGAGAUUUGGCUGGGCGUUCAGGAAAAAGACUCGGGGAUGGACGGUCGGGU